GUUUACUUCCGGUUUACGUUGCUAGCUUCAGUGCCAUGCGCUACAUCCAUUCUGACUUCUUCAGCCUAAAGUCAGAGCCGGCUGACUGAGCAAGAGUCGAGAAACUGAGGACUUACGAAUGGAAAUGGAUGAUAAUGACCUAGAGACCUCUUGCUGUGAUACAAGAUGGUCACAGCAACUGUCAGGCCUUCCUCACAAGCUCCUCCAGCGCCUGAUGCCUUUCCAAAGGGAGGGAGUGGAGUUUGCUUUAUCUAGGAAUGGACGAUGUAUGAUUGCUGAUGAGAUGGGUCUUGGGAAGACGGUGCAGGCCAUCGCGGUGGCGUAUGCUUUCAGGCAGGAGUGGCCCCUCCUGGUGGUGGUGCCUUCGUCACUGAAAUAUCCUUGGAUUGAAGAGCUGGAGAGGUGGAUCCCUGAGCUGCAGCCCGGAGACAUCAAUCUGGUGGAGAACAAGAGCCACACCAUGGGUAUCAGCAGCAGUAAGGUGACGGUGCUGGGUUACGGCCUGCUCACCACAGAUGCCCGCCUCCUGGUGGAGACCCUGAGCAGGCAGCGGUUCGCUGUGGUCGUGGUGGACGAGUCGCAUUACCUCAAAUCCAGGAACGCAGCGCGGACUAAGAUCCUGGCGCCUCUCAUUCAGAGCGCCAAGCGGGCCAUCCUGCUCACCGGUACCCCGGCCCUGGGUCGGCCUGAAGAGCUUUUCAUGCAAAUUGACGCCCUCUACCCCAAGAAGCUUGGAACCUGGACUGACUACGCCAAAAAAUACUGCAACGCCCAUUACAGGUACUUUGGGUCUCGCAGGCAGUGGGACUGUCGCGGGGCUUCCAACCUGGAGGAGCUGCACCAGCGGUUGAGUGAGAUCAUGAUCCGUCGUCUGAAGGCUGAGGUGCUCACCCAGCUGCCCCCAAAAAUCCGCCAGCGCAUUCCCUUCGACCUGCCCAAGGAGGCCUCAAAGGAGGCCUCAGCCAGCUUCGCCGAGUGGGAGAGACUGAUGAAAGGAAUGAGGUCCGGGGUUGGUGCCACGGACCCCUUCACUCAGGUCAUGGGUCUGGUUACACAAAUGUACAAGCAAACAGCCAUUGCCAAGGCGGGAGCUGUGAAGGACUACAUAAAAAUGAUGCUGGAGGCGGAGGAGCUGAAGUUCCUGGUGUUUGCCCACCACCUCACCAUGCUGCAGGCCUGCACAGAGGCCGCCAUCGAGGCCAAGGCUGCUUAUAUCCGUAUCGACGGCAGCGUCCCAUCCUCAGAACGAAUCCAGUUGGUCCACAAGUUCCAGAGUGACCCAGAGACACGGGUGGCCAUCCUCAGCAUCCAGGCAGCCGGUCAGGGUUUAACCUUCACUGCAGCCAGCCAUGUGGUGUUUGCAGAGCUCUACUGGAACCCCGGCCACAUGAAGCAGGCUGAAGAUCGAGCCCACCGUAUUGGACAAACGUCUUCAGUCAACGUGCACUACCUCAUUGCCAAGGGCACCUUUGACACCGUUAUGUGGUCCAUGCUCAAUAAGAAGGAAACGGUGACUGGCAGCACUUUAAAUGGCAGAAAGGAAUACCUGAAGGCGGACGAGGGCGACAAGGACAAGUGGGAGUUCCUCAGCUUUGCAGAUGCGUGGACGCCGAGCGAGAUGGUGCUGCCACUGGAGAGAAACACAGGAAAUGCCAAAGAUGACGUGUUUUUCACUCAUUUUGAGAAAGAGAAGCAGCACGACAUUCGUUCCUUCCUCUCCCCGAGCGCCAGCAGGGAGAAGAAGAGGAAGAGAACACAGGAUGAAGAAACAUGUCCCUCCAUCUCCUCAGAGAAGGCUGCCCAACCAAAUGGCAGUGAAACAAACUCUGAAGAAAGAGAAGAGAAGAAGUCCUUCUCCCAAACCUCUUCCACACCCGACCAGGACUUCUCUCCCCAGCUGAAGAGGCUCCGGACGCCACAGCCAAGCCCAAGCCCCAGGUCCCAAUACGGUGCGAAGAGGCGGUCGACAGCUGCUUUGAUUGGCUCCGGCAGCCCCAGCGCCCUGGUCUCCUCCAUGGCCCCGCGGAGGCUGUCAGAGCCCAACCCUUCCACUGAGAAGUGGAGUUGUGGGGCCUGCACCUACUCCAACAGCAGCCUGUUGCCUUACUGCGAGAUGUGCGAGUUUCCACGCUCUUCUUCUGGUGUCCAGUCAGAGCCACCCAGGCCUCAGCAACCCCCCUCCACCAAGAGGGACCAGGCAUGCGUUGUCCUCUCCAGCUCCGACAGUGAGCCGGAGCUCAGCCGGCGAAGACACCAGACUCCAGAAUCGCUCAAAGACAAACAGAGCAAGGAGGAUGAACCUCCGAAAGACAAACAGAAACCAGGAGAAGCAGAGGAGGAGGACAAGUGGCAGCUCAAAGGCAAACAAUCAGCGGGAGAGCGAGGCGACAACAUCGCUGGCGGCUGCCUCCCCCCUGACCACACACAGGACGUGAAAGCUGCAGCGUGUCUGUCUUCUGCUGCGGAUGCUAAUGACAAGGAUGAGGGCAAUGAUGGAGAUGAUGCCAGCGCCGCCCAUCCCGUCUACCCAGGCCUGCAGUUCUGCGCCAGCCAGUAUACAGACAGAAUAUAUCUUUACUCCAAGGACGGGACUCCGUUGAACUUGAGCUUCGUCCCUCUAGACAUCAAACUAACCAACUGGGACGACCUGCCUGAGGCCUUCAGCCGGCGCCGGGAAAAUCGAAUACAGGUGUUGAGGUUUGUUCAGGAGUGGGGCAGCCUGGCAGCCAUGAAGCAGAAACUGCUCCGACGCAGCGGCCUCCUCUGCCACAGCCCCACUUUAGGCUUGCAGCAGCUGGCCGCCUCCCAGCGCCCUCACUCCAGCACAAAGAGGUACAUCAGUAAAGACGAGGUGGCCCAGGCCUCCCUGAGCAAGGCCCAGCGGGAGGGAGGCAGCGUCCGACUAGUCUCCAAUGAAAACUUCUUCACAAAGAGGAGGUCUGCUGCUUCACUGACACCACCUGCUUCAGAGAGCGUGGACGAGAAGUCCUUUAAGACAGUGGAGGAAAAGCCCUUAUCAGAGUCCGGCUACCUGCAGGCAGUGGACAGUGAGGGUGUCCCUUUGUGUCUAUCCUGCCAUCAAUCCUGCUCUACCACCGGCGGGGCCUGGGACACUCGAUUCUGCAGCCACAGGAAAGUGAGGCUAAAUGAGAUGAUCCGCGCUCCGGUCGAAGGGGAUUUCUGGCAGGUCGACCACAUCCGGCCAGUCUACAGCGGAGGAGGACAGUGCUCUCUGGACAACCUGCAGACGCUCUGCACCGUUUGCCACAAAGCCAGGACGGCUCAGCAAGCCAAAGAACGGAGCCAGAUGAGAAAGAGUGUUGCUGCCUCCAAGGUUGCGUCAGACAUCAGCAGGUUCUUCAUCAGGAAAUUAAAAUGAAGGUUGAGUACGGGCAUAGGUGUAACAGUUCUUGAAUUGUAUUGUUGAAACCUCAUGAUCAGUAUCAUGAUUUUUCAAUGAUAACACUCAUAUUUAAGUAUUUGAAAUGCGAUUCCCUCCGAGAGAUUAGGAUCAAAGGCCGGAUUUCCUUUGAUUUCAUACUUUUGCUCUCCCUCACUUUCUGAUGAUAUCAGUGGCAUCUUAUUGGACUCUGCUGCACCUGUGAAAAUAUACCUAAAAAACAGUGAUGACUGCAUCAAAUGCUAAUUCAGCCAACUCCCCUCUCGUCCCCGAAACGUCACAAGUGCGGUAGUUUUGAUUUAUGAUGGCCCCCUUUUGCUCGAGGCUGAAAUGGAGCAGGUUGUUUAAAGAGAUGCUGCUAUUUUAAGAUUUUUGCAAACUUGGUGAAAAGUAGCAGGUGAGAGAUGAAUUGUGGGCUUUGUGAUUAAAACUUCACGGCAGAAAACACAACCAAGUGUCCUCAUUGGCGCUCUCAACAUGUGGCGCCUUGUAAAUCUUCCUUUUUGGAAGAUAGAUGAACGCUCCCCUAGUGAAAUAAAAGCCUAUUUUCAUCUUGUUUCAUGUUGCCUUCCUCGGCUUCUUCAACCACGAUUUAGACUGUAAAUACACCAAGACGUUGGUUGUUCUGACAAGCUGGCAAAUCGUUUCAUUGCCUCAAGUCAGGAACAUUAUUGUCCAUGUCCACGCAUUUUCCUCCUCUUCAGCUGUGCUUGAUGAUCUGAACAGAGCUAAAGUCAUUCAGGAGGGCUAUGUUUAGAGAGACAGAGAGCAGAGUUACUAUGGAAACAAGGCUUCAGGUUCAGCAAUGUCGGGAAUAUUGAAUCUUUUCUUGUAAGAGUUAUACAAUGAGCCAGACAGACAUGAGAAACUCCAAUCAAUAGCAGCAGGCUCCUGUGAAAAUGAGGCCGUCACAUUCCUCCGCAGCAAAAUUUGACUUCCCUUCUCGCUGCUGAGGCUCCGCGGUUGACUUUGUAGAUGUCGUCAUGUCACGAUUUGUCUGUCUGUCAGCUGUGUCAAACUCCAGACUCAGCAAAUUCCACCAUUGCUGAAAAGUUUUAAAUUUUUCUGGCAGCCCAAACUUCUCUCAGUCUAUUGGAGCGCUCGGAUGGAACCACAGCUUCAAACUUUUCUCAGAGUCCAUGUGGGUGCGUGCGUGGGUGUGUGUGUAUUUCCCCUACGGCUGCUCCAGGUCUCCACUUAAUAAGACCGUUGUUCCUCUCCUGUCCAAACCGACAAGCUUUGUGAGUAAUGAACAUCUCCCAGGCAGCCUUCCAACAACAGCAGGUUUCAGUAUCAGUCCCUGUCAGCAGCCAAUGACUCUGAUCUGCUGUUUUAUUACACCCAAAAGGUGUAUGUGCAUGUUUGUGUGCGGGAGAGAGACAGUAAGCGAGGAGUGAAAGUAGUGCAAAAGUGUAGCCGAGUGUUUUUCUGUGCGUUACACAAAUAAAACAUGCGUGUUUGGCAGAGGAGAAGUUUAUAUUUGAAGAAAGAGGAAGUGGUGUAUGUGUGCGUGUGUGUGUGUGGGUAAGACAAAGCCAUAAUGAGGCAGCGUCCAAAUGAAGACGUCUCAUGUUCUUCCCAGAGGGGCUGCUGGGUAAAGAGCAGCGAAGCAGUCGUGUGACACUGUUUGUAUUGGACAACCUAUCAGCCCAGAGGAAAAACAUUACCUCUGCAGGUGAUGACAGUAAUAAAGAUGGACUCAAACACGGACGGACGGCCGCUGAGGUUUGCAUGUUUGCUUUCCGUCUUGCGCACCCCUCCCUUCCCUCUUUCUUUAAAGCUGACAUCAGAGCAUAAAACUCACUUUUCUCCUUCAAGUGCAAUCAACGUCUUUGCCUCUGUGCCACUGCUGCAGAGACGUCUCAACAGGUUACAUAGCAACACAGCACACUCUGAACGUCACAUGGCCAAAAUUAGCUUGGCAAAUAUCUAGUGGAAAUAAUGAAAGAGUUAGAAAAUCACAGUGUAGUGACAAAGAAAAAGACAAGGAAAAAAAAGGGAUAUGGUGAUAUCUGAAGAAAAUCCAAGUAAAUGGAAUUAAAAAGAAGUGCAGUGCAUAAACACUUCAGCAUUUAACCUGUCAUAUAAAAAUGAACCACAAGUGAUUACAAGAGAAAUAGAUUUUAAAGGAUGGUCAUAAUCUUUAUUUUUCUUAUUUAUAAAUUCUAUCUUAUUUCUGUGCCGUAGAGCUCCAUUGUUGUCCAAAAUAAACUAAUAAAAAACGCAGUGAAACGGCAGUUGGGGCUUAGUCUCCGUGAUGUAAAGUGUUGCCAAAGGAAA